AUGGACGAAGAGAAGACUUCUCCUUUACACGCUCAACUGCAUCUCCUUCUCGACCGUCGAAAGCAACAAUCCAGAUUACGAAGCCUCAAAGCCAGUCCCGAAGGGUCAAUUGAUUUCUCCUCCAAUGACUUCCUUUCGCUUUCUUCAUCGCCAAUCUUGAAGGCUAUCUUUCUCGAUGAGUUGGAGAACAUCCCUCGGCUGGGCAGUACAGGAUCAAGGCUCCUUGAUGGGAACUCUUCCUAUGCCGAGAACCUCGAGCGAGACAUUGCUAAGUUUCACAAUGGUCCAGCCGGACUUCUCACCAAUUCUGGUUUUGAUGCCAACGUCGGAAUCUUUUCGUGUUUGCCUCAGCCAGGAGACAUCGUGGUCUACGAUGAGUUGAUUCAUGCCAGUGUUCAUGACGGAAUCAAGACAUCAAGAGCUGGAGCCAGUAUUCCAUUUGCUCAUAAUUCUGUCCUACACCUCAAAACCGUUCUGGAGGCGGUUGUGUCGAAGUCGUCUGCAAGCGUGCCUUUCAACCUGUUCAUUGCCGUCGAGAGCGUAUACAGUAUGGACGGUGACCUUGCUCCUCUGAUGGAGAUCGUUCAGCUCAUCGAAGCACUAUUCCCAAACAAGAAUGCGCAUCUCAUUGUGGAUGAGGCACACGCAACUGGACUGUAUGGGGAAAAGGGAAGAGGUAGGGUGUGCGAACUUGGUCUUGAGAACAAAGUCUUUGUUAGACUCCAUACCUUUGGAAAGGCUCUGGCUUGCAAUGGUGCUAUAAUCCUGUGCACACCAGUCACGCGCCAGUACCUUAUCAACUAUGCCCGACCACUAAUCUACACCACUUUCAUGUCAUUCCCAGCACUUGCUGCCAUCAAAGCUGUUUAUACCUUCAUGGCCCAGGACAGGACAGAACAGCUAGCCAAAGACUUGACUUCACUCAUUACAUUGCUAUACUCGAACUUAGGGGCAUUGAGGGACAAAUACAGUGCCUCCAAUUCUACCAAAAAUCUUCUAAGAAUACCUUCUGAAUGUCCCAAAUCACCCAUAAUCUCACUGCUCACGUCUGACCCGCGUGGCCUGGCACAAUACUGCCAAAGAGCUGGUUUCGUCGUUCGAGCGAUAGUGGCACCAACUGUGCCUGAAGGAUUUGAGAGGGUCAGGGUUUGUCUUCAUGCAGCGAAUACAUCUGCUCAAGCGGAAAAAUUUGUCCAGAUCCUCCAGACAUGGAUUGAGCAGGAAAGUCAUAAAAGUCAAAAGCUUUCGGAAGUGGUGGGAGCGAGACUUUGA